GUCGGAGAACGGGUGGGAAAACAACCGCUGGCUGCGGGAGCAGAGGACGGACGGGGCCUGCCUGCACUGCGCCGUCUCAUUCAUAUUUUUGUUUCCUAAUAAAUCGGUAAUAUAAGUAUCCAAACAUGCAGAGAACAAGGAUGACGCCGCGUUCGUGCCGCUGGUUCUUGUUUUUCGGCGGGUUGUUGUGUGGAGUUUGGGCUGACGGCUUGGUGAAUGAGGAGGUGAAGCGGACGGUGGACCUCAGCACGCACCUCGCCAAAAUAUCCGCUGAAAUUCUCCUGGUGAACCAUGGAAACUCCGCGGCACAGAGCUUUAUCAUCGCUCUGGAGCCAGAGCUCGCUCCACACCUCGCCUACGUCGGAGCGUCUGUAAAAGGUGAAGAGGAAGAAGAUGAAGCUUUAGAAUUGAGGGAGACGUCCAUUAAAGGACAGAGCGGGACGUUCUUCCAGGCGCAGCUACCCUCUGCUCUGGUAGCCGGUGCUAAGCUGCGUGUGAAGGUGGAGACGGUGUACAGCCAUGUCCUCACUCCUUUCCCCACUCACAUCACACAGGCCGAGAGGCAGCUGGUGGUGUUCCUGGGCAAUCAUUACCUGUAUUCACCUUACCCUACCCGUAGCCAGACCACCCGUGUGCGCCUCGCCUCCAAAACCGUGGAGAGCUACACCAAGCUGGGCAACCCGAGUAAAAAUGAAGAGGUUAUCGAGUACGGCCCCUUCAAGGAUGUCCCUGCAUUCAGUCAGGACACCAUGAAGAUCCACUAUGAGAACAACGCACCAUUCCUCACCAUCAGCAGCAUCACACGCACCAUUGAGGUUUCUCACUGGGGCAACAUCGCUGUGGAGGAAACCAUUGACCUGAGACACACAGGGGCUUACCUGAAGGGGCCAUUCUCCCGCUACGACUAUCAGAGGCAGUCUGACAGUGGCAUCUCCUCCAUCAAAUCCUUCAAGACGAUCCUCCCCGCUUCUGCUCAAGAUGUGUACUACCGGGACGAGAUCGGGAACAUCUCCACCUCUCACCUGCAAGUCCUGGAAGACUCCGUUGAGGUCGAGGUCCGCCCCCGCUUCCCCCUGUUUGGAGGGUGGAAGACGCACUACAUCAUCGGCUACAAUCUCCCCAGCUACGAGUACCUCUACACCUUGGGUGAUCAGUAUGCUUUGAAAAUGCGCCUGGUUGAUCAUGUCUAUGACGAUCAGGUUAUCGACCAACUUACAGUCAAACUGAUCCUCCCAGAGGGAGCAAGGAAUGUGCACUUGGAAACCCCAUAUCCCAUCGAAAGGAGCCCUGACCAGCUGCACUACACUUACCUGGACACUUUUGGCAGGCCUGUUCUGGUGGCCACUAAGAAGAACCUGGUGGAGCAGCAUAUUCAGGACAUGGUGGUUCACUACACCUUCAAUAAGAUCCUGAUGCUGCAGGAGCCUUUGCUGGUGGUCGGAGCAUUCUACAUCUUGUUCUUUACAGUCAUCGUUUACGUUCGUCUGGACUUCUCCAUCACCAAGGACCCUGCAGCAGAGGUUCGGAUGAAGGUGGCCUCUAUCACAGAGCAGGUCCUGACUCUGGUCAAUAAGAGGCUCGGUCUGUACAGACACAUGGAUGAUGUAGUGAACCGCUACAAGCAGUCACGUGACACCAGUGCCCUAAAUGGGGGUCGUAAGAAUUUGGAGGCGGAGCACCGCACCCUGACUAAUGACAUCGCUGGCCUGCAGGCCCGCCUUAAAGCUGAAGGAUCUGACCUCGCUGAGAAGGUGGGAGAGAUCCAGAAGCUGGACGGCCAGGUGAAGGACUUGGUAUUGCAGUUCUGCCAGGAGUCUGAGCGCCUCGUAACUGGCAAGAUGAAGAAGGAGGCGUACAUUGCGUCAGAGAAAUCACUGACCGGCAAGAGACAGGAGCUGAUCUCGCGCAUCGAUGGCCUGCUUGACGCUCUGUAAAGCACACGACGUGCACACACAGUGCUGUAAAGCGCCGAGAUAUACCCCAAAGCCCUCUCAACCACACACUCUGUGCCAUGUUUAACCCACAUGAGCACUACCGGCCAUCUUACAGUGUGUGUUGUGCCUUUUUCAUCCUAUAGGCUGUGUGAGAGGGGUGUGCACAUACACAUUUACUCAUCCGUCAAGAUUUCCUUUCUUUGUUUCUGAUCGCCAGGGAAAUGCCUCAAGUCAUGGGUUUUAUAUGCAGUUUUGUCCAUUUUCAUAUUUGUUUGUUUGUUUGAUGGGAUCAUUUCAGGAGAGGACAGGUUUCAUGUUUGUCAUGCCACAUCUCCUGAAAUAUUUCUGUCCUUUUGCAUUCUUGGCACUUGAUCUAUAAUCUUUGCUCUGCCCUGAAACAAAAGCAAAAAUGCUGAAGCUCUGAACACGAUGGAUGGCAUGGUUUUGAAAAUUUCUCCCCCAUUUUUUUUGUUGGCUUGUCUCCAAUUUUUUUUGUAUAAUUUUACAUUUUUGUAAAUGUGCUUUCAUACCAUGAAUUAUUUGGAUGAACACAAGCGGUGUGUGUGUGUGUGUUGGGGGACGAAGGAAAUACCGAAUGUUAAGUUCAAAAUUUGAAAAUUGAUAAUAAACAGGUUGUCAUAAA